GCCAAUGACCAUUUUCAAAGGCAUGUGGUUGGGAGGAGGAGACUACGGAGGUAGAGGAGACUGCAUCAUUUUAAGGACAAGUUUCUAACGGAGCAGCGACUUUGGAGGCAACUGCACGCAUGGGAAAUGUGCAACCAGUUGUGGCAGUUGCAUUUGCCAUUGAACCACAUACCCAUUGAGCAAAACUGGAAAUUCAUAAGCAAGUUAGUAGUAACAGUUGUUGGCCAGUGGUCAGUGGCCAUCCUGCCAGCCUAGCUGGAAAGUGAAAAUGCUUUCGUUUUCAUCGGCGAGGCAUUUCUUUUGGGGGACAUUCAAUUGACAGCAGCCAAGGCGUUCGGAUCGGCGAGGAGUAUCCAAUUAAUCGCAGCCAUGAACAUUACACAACUGUUGUAUAUCUCCAGUGUGGUUAUCGCAUCGAUCGAUGCACUGGAAUAUAUAAUUCGCUUCGAGACGAAAAAGGCCCGCUGCCUAAAUCCGCCCAGAACGGCCAGGAAGGUGGAGUCGGUCAUUGGGGAGUGCCAGGAUGAGGUCAGAAACAAGCUGGUAAAUGAGGCGUAUGAAAUUCUGAAGGAGCAGGUCUCCCAGAACCAGCCCCCUCCCAUUGAUCCCAACGAUGACUCCAUUGACUUUAUUUGGCCCUCGAACGGAGCAGCCAUCGAACUGGAUCACCCACCCAGUGGCCCACUGAAUCUUAGCAACUACGAGUAUAUUAUUUACGAUGAGCCCCAUCCCCAGCGCCACAUGGCCAGGCUGAUGAGGAAUAUUCGCCGGCUGGACGUGGCCAGUUCGGGAAUCUAUCAUCCCACAUUGGUGCCGCUGGAAGAUAAGCGCAUAGCCGGGUGCCUCCUGCAUUGCGUAUACGCCCGGAACAAUGCCAUCGAUCACAAGGGCUGGCCCACCCUGGACGGACUUGUCCAGUUCUACUCGGAGGGCGUCCACGAGCACGGCUUCUUCAUGGCCACGUUGCGGGCCGUGAACAUCUGCCUCCGGACAAUGACCGCUAGGUACGGCGUCGAUCGCAAGGAGCUGCCCCAGAGAGGUGAAAGCUGCGAUCUGGCUUUCGACGUCUUCGACUGUAUAUCGGACCAAAUUACCGGCUACUGUCUGGAUCAGUACAGCAGGUAUUAAUUAGUCUGUUAUUAGUCUGUGUUUGUUGCAAUAAAAAUGUUUAGAGCCAGUCGAAUUGGAUGUUUGUCGAAUGUUUGUUUGUUAUGGUUGGAAAUGGUGACUUAUCUAGCAGUCUGUCUAGCUUUCGAGCCAUUAAAGUCGUCAUUUAAAAAAUAAUAUAUCAGUUUGUUUUACUAUCUUUUUCAAUUUUUUAAUAACUACGAUUAUAAUUCAAUUUCAAACAUUUCUGACAGGAAGAACAAGCUUGGGUGACUUUCAUGUCCUAUAUUUGUGAGGCUUAGUUACUAUUUAUUUCCUUGAAAACUUGCUUUAGAAUUCCCCAAGUCCUAUUUAUGAUGAAGUAAUUAAUGGCCUGUAAAUUAAUAAGCCUUUUUUCCAACAU